AUUUCUGCCCAGCUUCGGGUAUUUUUUUUCAUCAGAAAAUAUGGAGGAGGGUUAAAUACGGCACGAGGUGUUGUUGCGCUAUAAACCACCAACAGUGUAAGAAGGAAAGAAAUCAUUAGUGUGAGAGUUUGUUUGACAAGUUCUUGAUGCAGGUUUAUCCUUCAGUCAAACUUGUUACAGUACUAGCACAAUCAUUAUGCCUUAAGAGAAACUCCAGUACUGACUGUUCAUAAUCUGGCAUUUUGAAAAGCUGUACCUUCAAGAUGGUGAGCGCACUAACAAUUCGUGAGUAUCUGACUGUGUCAGUUACACUGCUCUACCUGGUGCUCUUCUUCUACAUCUACGUUCAACUUAUACUUGUCCUUGUUUAUGGGCACAAAAGAUGGUGCUAUCGAACUUUUCUGCUGUAUACGUGUGCCAUGUGGGCUGGGCUGCGGGUGACUCUCUUCUCAUACUAUUGUUACCUAGAGCAUAACAACCUUCAAGAGACCAUCCCAGAGUUGUCACGUCACGUGGGAGCUGCAGUCUACUUCAUUCUCUUUUCUCUACCAGUAUACUUACAGUUUUGUGUCCUAUGUCUUCUGGUCUCAUAUUUUGCACAGAUUGUGCGAAGCACUGAGGAUCGAUACCAGCCAACAAGGUGGAGGACAGUAUCAGGACACACUAUUGGAGUUUUACUGGCAAAUUUGGUGGUGUUUGUGACCAACUUGACAUGUGCAAUCCUCAUCAAAGAAGCUGAGCAUCAGAUGCCUGCCCUAACAGAUAGUGUUCUUCCUAGUUCGAAGCUCCUACUUGACAAAUUACCAGGAACUAUACCAUAUGUAAUAUAUGUCCGAGUUAUUAUCAAUGGAGUGAUGUUCAUUGCCAUGGCAGCUGCUCUGGCAUACCUCAUAGUACAGGUGGCAAAAACUGCUGAGGUCCGACUUCUUCUAGAAACUGAGGAUAUGACUCAAGCUGGGGCUGGCAGUGUUGGCAUACUGGUUGUGAUGCUCUACUUGUGUCGAACUGUUGCCAACAUCCUGGCACUUGUGCCUAAUGUGAACUGGGUGUAUGACACUGACCAGGUUGAUCUUUUGAGUGACAGUGAGUAUGGCUAUUAUACCUUCAUUGGUGUUCAGUUCCUGUGGGAGUAUCUCCCUACACUUGCCUCUGUCAUCUUCUUCAGAGUCAAGAAACCAAUGCUUUUGUCAUAUCCACCAAUUCUGGAGCCAAUAUCGCGAUCAGGGAACAGAAUGAGUGAUAGUGAUGAUGAUGGUUCAUUCAGCCACUACUACGCCCAUCACUACCUCCACCCACAUAUAUCAUUUCAGCAAGCCUCAGAUACAUGGUUCAGUAAUGUGAAUGAAAAUAGCAUCGGAGACAUUCACAACCUCACCUCUCGCAGUGGAUCAAACCAAAACACGCCACCUCCAGCCCACCGCUUCCUUUAUCGAUACCUGGGCUACCGUCCUUACCUGGAAGCUCAGUAG